GGAAGCUCACUUGGUUAUUUUCUUCUACAGGCUUCCUCCCUUCCCUCUCUCUCUCUCUCUGUUUAGAGUUAAUUUGCUUCUAGGGAAACAAUGGCUAUAGGCGAAAUCUUUCUCGGUGCUUUCAUUCAGGUGUUGUUUGAGAAGUUGGCCUCAACUGAACUAUUCACUCAAGUUCAUACUCACAUCAAGAGAUGGAGUGGAGAAUUAGCCAAAAUUCAAGCAUUCUUGGCUGAUGCGGAGGGGAAACAAAUAGAAAAUAGAGCUGUGAAAAUGUGGCUGGAGGAACUCACAGACCUGGCUUAUGAUCUGGAUGACAUACUGGAUGAAUUUGCCACUGAAGCUUUGGGGUGUGAGUUAAAAUCAGUGUCUCAAGAAGCUAGCACCAAGAAGCACAAGCUACCGGCCAUGAUAUCUACAUGGGGUAAAGGACUCAAUCCAACAACUCUUUUCUCUGAUUUUAUGAGGAAUUCUACUUCCAAGAUAGAGGAAAUCACUAACAGAUUGCAAAAUAUUUUUGAAGAAGGACGUGGGCUUGGUUUACAAAAUAUUGUUGCAGGAGAAUCUACUAAAGCUUGGCACAGAUCACCCUCCACGUCCUUGAUACAUGAACCUCGCAUAUGUGGUAGGGAUAAGGAAAAAAAGGAGAUAAUUGAUUUUCUCCUAAGCAACGAGUCAAGUGAUAGCAAAGUCAGCGUAAUUCCCAUUGUAGGUAUGGGUGGGCUCGGCAAGACUACCCUUGCACAAAUGGUAUACAACGAUGAAGUGGUGAACAAGCAUUUUGAUUUGAAAGCAUGGGUUUGUGUUUCUGAUGAGUUUGAUAUUAUGAGAAUAUCAAAAGCAAUUCUUGAAUCUAUUACUUCCAAGGCUUGUAAAUUUACAGAAUUGAAUGAAGUUCAAGUUCAGCUAAAGCAGAAUUUGAUUGGAAAGAAGAUUUUAAUUGUUUUAGAUGAUGUGUGGGACAAGAAAUACAAUGAUUGGAACAUUUUGAAGAGUCCCUUUAACGAUGGAGUGUCAGGAAGUAAGAUAAUUGUAACAACUCGUGAUAGAGAUGUUGCAUCAAUUAUGGGAACCGUUCAAAACCAUUUGCUACAGCAUCUAUCAGAUGAUGAUUGUUGGUCAGUGUUUGAACAACAUGCCUUUGGGAAUAGAAGCAUGGAUGCAAAUUCAAAUUUGGUGUCUAUUGGUAGGAAAAUUGUGGGAAAAUGUAAAGGUUUGCCUUUGGCUGCUAGGACACUUGGUGGCCUUUUACGGUGCAAAGAAAGAGACGAUGAGUGGGAAAUUGUAUUGAAUAGUAAAAUAUGGGACUUAACAGAAAAAGGCAGUGAAAUCCUCCCAGCUUUGAGAUUAAGUUACCAUCAUCUCCCUGCACAUUUGAAGCGGUGCUUUGCAUAUUGCUCUAUACUGCCAAAGGACUAUGAAUUUGAGGAGGAGGAGUUAGUCUUCUUGUGGAUGGCAGAAGGCCUUCUUCAACAACAAAAUGGACCGAAGCGAAUGGAAGAUUUAGGAGUUGAAUACUUUCGUGAACUGCAGUCGAGGUCUUUUUUCCAACCAUCAAGUGGUGGUGAAAGCUCGAAAUUUGUGAUGCAUGACCUCAUCAAUGAUUUGGCUCAGUCAGUUGCAGGAUAUACUUGUUUUAGAUUGGAGGAUAAAUUGAAGGAUCAGGAGCAACGUAAAAAAUUGAAGAGUGCUCGACAUUCAUCUUUCAUGCAAAGCGAAUUUGACGCAAUGAAAAAGUUUGAAACUUUUUAUGAAGCCGAGAAUGUAAGGACCUUCUUGCCAUUGUCCUUAAGUAAAAAGAGAGAUUGUUAUUUGACAAGCAAGGUUCCCCUUGAUCUGUUGCCAAAGAUGAAACGCUUAAGGGUGUUGAGUUUGAAUAGAUAUCACAUUGGCGAACUUGUUCCAACUAUUCACAUUGGCGAACUUAUUCUAAAAUCAAUUGGAGAUUUUAAACAUUUGCGAUAUCUUGACUUUUCCUACACCAGAAUCAGAACAGUACCUGAAUCAUUAGGUACCCUAUACAAUCUACAAACUUUGAUGCUAAGAAGUUGUCCAGAACUGAGGAAAUUGCCUGCGAACAUGGGAAACCUAAUCAACCUACGUCAUCUCGAUAUGAUUGAUUCAAAUUCCUUAAAAGAAAUGCCACGAGGAAUUGAUAAGUUGACCAGCCUCCAAACACUAUCCAAUUUUAUUGUUACGAAAGACAAUGGGUUUCGGAUAAGUGAGUUGGGGAACUUGAUUCAUCUUGGAGGGAAACUUUGCAUAUCGGGAAUAGAAAAUGUGGUUGAUCCUUUGGAUGCAAGAGGGGUGUGUUUAAACGACAAGCAAGGUAUAGAUGUGCUAACAAUGGUGUGGAGUAGUGAGAGCUUGGAUGAUUUACGAAAUGAAAUGGUUACAGAAGUGCUUGACAUAUUAAAACCUCACAAGAAGCUGAAAGAGCUAUACAUCAGAGGCUACCAUGGCAUGAGAUUUCCAACUUGGACAGGGGAUCCUUUGUUCUCCAAUAUGGUGUGCAUGAAGUUACAAAAUUGUAAAAAUUGCACUUCCUUACCGCCACUUGGACAACUACCCUCUUUGAAAGACCUUCACAUUGAAGGAAUGAGUGCUGUAAAGCGUGUGGGUUGUGAGUUCUAUGGGCAGCAUUGCGCCAAACCUUUUCCUUUACUCGAGACACUAUGUUUUGAGAAUAUGUCGGAAUGGGAGGAUUGGUACAUUUUUGGAAUUGACAAGGGAGUUCAAACCUUCACUCGUGUUAGUAAGCUCUCAAUCAAAAAAUGUACCAAACUUGUGGGAACGUUGCCGAGUAAUCUUCCUUGCCUCAAAACUCUUGAGAUUAUAAAUUGCCCGCAGUUGUUGGUUGAAGCUUCCAGCCUUGUUCUCCCGUCACUCACCUCCCUGUCCAUGAGUGAUGUUCGGCUUCCAAGCCUUCCGGUGCUCCUUGAUACAUGUAAUGUGCUUGAACCCAGUUCCCUUACUUGCUUGAAUAUUAGAAAUGUUUCAAUCCCUGAGUCCCUGUGCAAUCCAAGCAUACAUGAUGAAGUGAUGUUGGCAAAUGCAAUGUCUAAGCAUCUGAGUUCAGUAACUUCCUUGAGCAUUGAGAUGAUUCAGAAACUUGCAUUAUUGCCAAAAUGGCUUACCCAGGGGCUUAAAGGACUCAAAGAAUUGAAGAUUGAUUGUUGUGACGAACUCACAACACUGUGGCAGAACGAGGCGGGACUACAACCCUGUCUCCUUGCCUUGCAACGUCUGGAAAUUCGUUUUUGUGCGCAACUUGUUUCAUUGUUUGAAGAAGACGAGGAUGUAGAAAACGAAGGGCAACAUCAACUUGAGUAUCUAACGAUAGAUUGUUGUUGUAAGCUGAAGAAACUGCCACGGGGGUUACAUAACUUCACUUCUCUUCGAAGGAUGGAUAUCGGGUACUGUCCAGGUCUGGUAUCUUUUUCAGAGGCAGGCUUUCCGCCUAGCCUAAAAGAACUUCGGAUUUCGAAAUGUGAGGCUCUGCGGUCCUUACCUGGGUGGACAGCGCACGAUUCUAAUCUGGAGGAGUUGUUGAUAACCAGUUGUGAUGAUCUGGAGUCCCUUCGGGAAGAAUGGGUCCACCACCCCCCAACGAAACUGUCAUUUUUGGUUAUCAGCGAUUGCAAAAAACUAGAAUCGGUCCCUAGUUUAUGCAACAACAGCCUCCUCCCUUCCCUUAAACAUCUGGUGAUAGAAAGUUGGCCUGCAGGAGGAGGAAUCGUCUGCUCCUACAUUCUAGAGAAAGGGAAUUUCCUCACCAACCUCACUUAUCUUGCAAUCAAGAAUAUGAAGAUUGGUAAGCCCCUAUCAGAGUGGGGUUUGCACAGAUUCUCCUCUCUUAAAACUCUCUCUCUUCAAGGCCCAAGUAACGUAUCAAAAGAAUCAGAAGAAGAAGAAGAAGAAGAAGAAUAUUAUUCGGAAGAAGAAGAAGAAGAAGAAGAAGAAGAAUAUUAUUCGGAAGAAGAAGAAGAAGAAGAAGAAGAAGAAGAAUAUUAUUCGGAAGAAGAAGAAGAAUAUUAUUCGGAAGAAGAAGAAGAAGAAGAAUAUUAUUCGGUGUCCAGCUUUCCAGUAGAUGGGAUGUUGCUGCCCACCUCUCUGACGGAUCUGCAGAUUUGUAAUUUCCCAAAUCUAGAGAAGAUAUCUUCUUCCAUGGAGACCAUUCAAAACCUCAACCGUCUUAGUUUCACAAAUUGCCCUAGGCUCACAUCUUUUCCCGAGCAAGGAGGGCUGCUUCCCUCGCUUUUGGAACUUCAUAUCUCCGGAUGUCCAAGAAUGAAACGGCGGUGUAAAAAGGGGAAAGGCCAAUAUUGGCCCCUCAUAGCUCCCAUUCCUGAUGCCUUCAUAAUAUGAGCAAUCAAAACUACCAGGUUCAAUACAUUCAUUUAUUUGCUUUGCCCCAGCUACCGCUAUUCUUGGGAAACCAAAAGAGCUACCAAAGGAUGGUAUCAACUCUUUCAAUCAUUUUCUGUUGCAUCCGGUGAAGUAAAUGUUGCAUCUGAUUUAAAGAAUGCAGUGGCUUGAUGAUUUUGUAUUGUUGUUGUUGUUUCCUUGCUUCUGGUCGUGUUGCUUUUUCUUUUUCUUUUUUUUCUUUUUUGGUAAACCGGGUUGCUUCUUUUAUCAUACUGUAUUUUCUGUUGUUGCUUUUGUACGUGUCAUCUAUAAAAGCUCAGUGGUAAAUUGACUGGUUUAUGCUGAUGCUACUGUUGUUGCUUCUUUGGCUUUCUAGACUUUCUAUGCAGCUAUUGCUAUCUUCUCAUGGUCUUUAUGUUGUAUCUGUUGUACAUAUGUUCAUGUUAGAUGUAAACAAGGCCUAGAUUGGCUAAAUGGUAUUGUCCUCAUCUUUUGCUUGCUUUAGACAAUUCCCAUCCUUGUUUGUAUUGCCCAUGUAUGCUCCUUGUAUUAUGUAUUUACUUUUGAUCUUUGAUUUA